AUGUCCUCCCUGACAUCCGUCCAACGGCGCUUGCUCAAGUACGCCUUAGAGGACAAAGAGUCCAAGAAGUUAUUGAAGCGCAAACGUGCGGAGGAUGUUGCACCAGCGCUGCACCAACGCGAAAAGAAACGGACAUGUGGUCACGUAUGUGAGGCAGAUACCACGCAGGAUACGGAAAUGACUCCACUUUGCCCUGAAUUGCUUGACUUUGUGCGGCAGAAAUGCCCCAGCGCGCCACGGAAGCUUCGCAAGGGACAGCUACACGUCAUUAAUGCUCUCAGUCGGGGUGCCGUAAGUGGUAAGGAUGAUGACGCUAUAAAUCGUUGUGGUGCCAGAGGCGCGUUUUCCGUAAAGCGGCUGGAAAUGAAGGAUCUCCCGUUUGCUUUUUCCAUCUUGGGAUUGGCAGCGCUGCAGCGGCGAUUAUUAUUUGACCAGAAAGUGAAAAAUGGAACCUCGCUCCUGGUACUAACGGAGGACGAAGAGGACGCUAACUCAGUUGCUCUUCACUUGAAGGAAACGUAUCGUGGCGUCCACGUUUUAGUGCUCGACGGGUCGCGUUUUCCGUCGUUCCCCAACAUUCCCAACGAGGAGGAUAAUGACGGAGACGCUACCAACAAUACCUUUGCCGAGCGUACUGUGGUAUUAGUGUCGUCGCUACAGGCCUUUCUUUCCUCCGACGGGCGGAGUGCAAUAUGGAAAUUUGUGGGGGCAUACGUUGUUAUUUUGAGGGAGUUGACUAACAGCACCUGUGUAGCAAUGAAGGGUAUGAAGAGAAUGGAGCGGCAGGAAUUUUUGAAAAAACUGUGCGAGAAGAGGUGGCUUUGUUUGGAUCACACACCAGUGGCUGCCGUGAUAGCUCCUGCCCGCCACGCUCUCUUCACACCAUUGGCUGAUGCACUUACAAUUUCUGUGCCCGUAGCGGGAGAGGAUGCUGGAGAAGCGAAGACCGUUGACAAAGGGGAGGUCCGUGACUCCCAUGAUGAGAACCAAAGUAAGAAAAAGAAGGGGCUUCCAGUUGAUACGUUGCGUGACCCUGUCACUGUACACUACACCGUGGUUGAAGGUCAACAUCGCUUCCACACGUUGUAUGCAUUAGUGAUGAAUGCUCGUGCGGGCCAGGGCAUUGUUGUGCAUGUUGCCACCAAAGAAGUCUGCCAAUUCCUCUAUGAUGUUCUACACGCACUCGGAGAUCUUCCACCAUCACUUUUACUACUUACGGACUACGCGGGCCCCAGUGUGCACGCCUCAGUCCGUGACAGUGACGAAGACCGACAGAAAGUAUGUGACAAGUUCGACGAUAUUGUUGUGAACUCCGACAAAUCACUAGCAGGCAGUGGAAAAAGGGACCGUGUGGUCCUAAUUUCUUCAUUUGGCCUUGUUCCUCAAAGGGGGACCGUUUUCGUUCAGUACGACAUCAUUGUUGAUAUUGCGAACUUUUCCCAAUUUGUCAGCGACGUGCUCACACCCGCGGCUUACGCGAACUUAGCGGCAUCACAGUUACCCCGUUUGGGUGGUCGUGCUGCACCGGGGGUUACUUCUGCAAGGCGGUCAAGAUCUGUCUCCCCCAGCAAAAGCGUUUCUCCACCAAGGCCAACGCAGGUUCGUGCCAUGUACCGUCACGUGCUGCUGUUACUCCGUAAAAACGAGCUUCAGGGGGCGCUUGAGCACUUCAACAGGUCUGCCAACAGGCUUCACAUAACAUACAAGCCUAUGAAGCAAAUGCCCUCUGCCACUCGAUUCCUAUUAGCGGUGCAGAAAUUGCAGUCCCUGAACAAAAAGCAGUUUGCGGUCCAAAAUGCUGCGUAUGCCGCUUACAGAGCAACAAUGUUGUUGUACUCCGUCAUAAGCAGCAGCAAGGAGGUGUACGACGAGCGCAAUGUUGAUCUCAAACUAGUUGCGCAGGAGUUCGGAUAUUCGGACGCUCCUAUUGUCGAUUUGCGCACACGUGACACAGCAUUUCGACCCAAGGAGAAUAUCUUUCGCGCAGCGUGCAAAAGAGCAGCGCGUGACCGCCGUUUGCUGCUGCGCCCCCCUGCUGAGGAAGGCAGUCCCGAGGUGUCACAGCCACAGAGGGAGGAAAACCAGUAG